GCGAUAUAGUUUUUCAAGCUCUUGAGGGCGCUCGGCAAAGGCGGCGAAAGCUCACCGCAACUGAGGGAGGAGCGGCAUCUUCAUGCAUGAACCGACCGCCGCUGCAGCGACGCGCAGCUGCUGGGAAACGGCUCAGCCCAAGGUGACGGCAUCAACGAAGAGGCCGACGCCGACCUCCACCGUCAGUGCCUCGCCCGCCUCUGGCCACAAGCUCCUUGCAGAGGAGGGCGAUCCGGGUGCGCAGCUCGUCGACGUUGAGGUUCAGGAAACCGCUCGUGUCCGCGCGGUGGCCCGUGCGCUCCGCGAGGUCGUGGCGUGCCGAAGGGGGGCCUCUCGCACGACGGGCAUGCCCUCGCCCCUGCCAUCCGCGGCCUUGCCGUAGCGGCGCCGCCUGCGCUGGCAGCGCCGCCUGAGGCGCUGGACGGCUUGCGAAGGCCCACGAUGUCCUCCGAAGUCCGUAAGCCAUAGAGACCCCCACGGGACGCCCAAGGGGUCCCGAGGCGCCCGCCAACGAGGCCCCCAGGGGAAACCACUCGUUUAACGUGGAGAACUCCUGGCGGCCUCCUGUCAGCCUGUGCAGUGGAGGCGUUCGUGAUUCAUCGGUUGAAGCGGUCAACUACGUCAUGGCUCAAGCCG